UUCGCCCGCGCAGCUUCCACCCUUUGAAAUUCAACAUCAUCCUCACAGUUCCACACAAGCUCUGUGUUUUUUUCCCACUCAUUCCCAAAGUUUUCUUAACAAUCAAACUUGAGAAUCAAACUAGCUGAGAAAUCAACAACCCAGUGAAUGUAUUUGUUGUAACGAGAGAUUUUACAAAUUUCUCCAUUUGCUUUUCUCCUUCGCUUGAUGCCGAUUGAUAAUCAACAAUGCGGGGGCUCGCAGUAUUCAUCAAAAUUGUCUUAAUGACCAGAGUGUGCAAUGCAAUCCAGAGUUUUGACGAAACACCACAAUACACAGAGGUAAACCCCGGACAAGAUGCUAAACUCAUCUGUCGAGUUAUUGGUAAACGCGGCACAUGCAUAUGGCAGAAGGAUCAAAAGCCCAUCGGAAUGCACCUCCAGAAAUACGAAUGGGUGGGCUCCCCGGACGUUGGUGACUGUUCGCUCUGGGUGCGAGCAGCAACCCUUGAGUUCGACGAUGGUCUCUGGCAGUGUCAAGUCACAGCGGGUGACUUCAUAACACAGGAUGCAUUAGCCUCAGAACCAGCUCGACUCGUUGUACGAGUGAGCCCUCAUCGUCCACAGAUAGAGUACGCCGGUGCAGUAAUUCUACCCGGUGGAAAUGUGACAGCCCGAGCAGGUGAGAUUGCAACGCUCACUUGUACGGCCCGAUAUGGCAAUCCUCCGCCUCUAAUUAAAUGGUAUUUGAGUCAUACGGAGCUGAGACCGCAGGGAUCCCAGAUGAAUGCAACGGAGAUUGAUAAUCCACGUACGUGGUCGACAAAGAGUAUCUGCAAUAUUGAGGCUGAUAGAUCUAGGUAUGGGCAGAUGGUGCGUUGCGAAGCCAUUCAUCCAGCCUAUCCCAUGAUGUCUUCGAACACUGAUGUUCGAUUUGAUGUUAGAUAUGCACCAGAAACACGAUUGGUCGGAGUUCCGCCUGGACAAUUGGAAGAGGGUCGUGAUAAACUUGAAAUCCGAUGUAUAGCUAAUGCCAAUCCAACCGCUGCUAUUCUCUGGAAACGUGUUCGAGGAGCAGACUUGGAGGUCGUAACCAUAGGCGAAACACUGAUGUACUCGCCGAUUCACAGGAAUCAGGCGGCGACUUAUGUCUGUGAGGCGUCAAAUACCGAGGGCGAGAGCAGUCCUCUAUCCAUCCAAAUAUCAGUCAAUUAUCCACCGAAGAUUGAUUCAGUCGGUCCAGACAGAUUGUCAACAGCUCUCCUCUACUCCGGUGCAUCUUUCGAGUGUCACGCGGACGCGAUGCCCUCCGCCGAAUACAGGUGGGAGCAAGUAUUUACGGAUGGCCGUCCGCCAGCUGAGUGCGGUCGAGGCCAGCGUCUUAUCCUCACAAACGUAACGUACGAGCAACAGGGUCAAUACAUAUGCCUAGCAUCAAACACGAUAAAUGGAAAACUUCGUGAAGUCAAAAGCUCACCGGUAGCUCUGGAGGUCGUUGGUGCCCCGAGGGUGGUGAAGCCACUGAGCACCGAGAAAUACGUAGUUUCCACGACAGAAGGCAGUACCGCCCGAUUGGAAAUCAGAUUGUGCUCUAAUCCAAAGCCCCGUCUUGUAGCCUGGGAAUGGGGCAGUACGCGGCUUCACGCUGGUGAAGUUCUAGAAUCGAGAUACCGAGCACUGGAUCUCGAGCCCCUGCCCAUGGAAGACUGCUUCCUGGCAAUUCUGGAAUUCACAACAACGAGGAGAGAGGACCAACGGGUGUAUUACGUCAUCGUGGAAAAUGAUCGGGGAAGUGACAGACGAGCUCUGAUGUUGCGCGUAAAUGAGCCGGGUCAGAUUCCCCUAGUCAUCGGCGCGGUAGCUGGUUUCACAGUUCUCUCUGUCUUGGUAAUGGGUUUCAUCUGUUUUAUGCGAUCAGACAGAUGCUGCGUGCCCAGAAACACAGGUCCAACUCUUCAGCAAGUCCAUUGUACAAAAGCAUCUAAUGCGAUGAUAGAGGACCCAAGACUAACAGUGGAGCCAAUGGAUCGUACGUCUCAACAGUUCGCCUCGGAGAAGCGUCAGAAUCACGUAUUGAAACCCGUCCCAACUCAACAGUACCAGCAAGACUGCUAUCAGCUCAGUAGACACGAGCCAUCGCACGAGUCACACUACCAGAGGCAUCUUCAUCACAGUCAGGGUCUCCACGGGCCCCAGUACACUCUGCAGCGUGGAACUGGCCUCAAGACAGAAAGACUCAAUGAAACAAAUUCAAUCCGCAACGAUUCGCGACCUCGUUACAGGACCUAAGACCUUUAAACGGUUCAACAACUUCAGUCGGUGGUACUGAAGCAACAUAGUAUUAUUAAUGGAAUCGCUCAACCGAGCCAGUGACGCUCUUCCAGAUGUGUAACUAAAUCAAAAUGACAUUAUUAUUGUUAAUGAUAAUAUUAUGGAAAAGUGAGGACGAUGAGAGGAUUAUUUAUUAACGGUGACACGUUUACAAUGCCCAAGCGUCAACUCUCAGAGAGAUUUCAUUCAUUUGUAUUAUAUAAAUGCAUUUCGAUGGUGAACUGCUGACUGUAAAAAUUUUGGUGAUAAUGUGUAUUAUUCAAUUCGAGGUAGUUUUUCUACUCGAAGCACCGAACGUUUAUUCACUGUCGUAUGUUAAGAUUAUUCAGGAGGCUUGCGACGAGCCGUAUUAUUGUGUUCAAAUGGGAUAUCUGUCUGCCACUUCAGGUCUAUGCGCGGAGGAAAUAGGUGGGGGAAAAUUACAGAAAGAGAGCAAGUAAUUGCACUGUUAGAAAUUUCUUGAAAUUUCAGUCACAGCGUCAUAUGAAGGUCUGAUGUUGUGAGAUUGAAGUCAAUUUCAAAUGGAGGGGUUCACUGCAUUUCUCAUUCAUCUUGAAAAUUGAAAAAAAUUGGGUCUUUCAUGCUGAAGAAUCAUUGCUUUUUCAAUGAAAGCUUGAAUUUCCAAAC